AAAAGAAUCACCACGAAGUAAGACAGUCGAGUGCCGCGAAAUAUAGCGCUAACGAGUGUAACUUUCUGUGACUUCAACAUAUUCGUGUGAAUUUGUGAGGCCCAAAGUAUCGCUUCUAUCUUUCUCUUUCUUUCUCUCAAUUGUUAAUACAUUUGAAGCAAUAAUGUCAUCAGGACAUCCUUAUCGAAAUCGACCUGAGUAUCAGACUUAUGAUCAAAGCGACGAUACAAAUAUUCCACAACCGCAUGGGUCACAACAGUAUACUCCACAACCGCAUGGGUCACAACAGUAUACUCCACAACCGCAUGGGUCACAACAGUAUACGUCGCAACCGUACGAAUUACAGCUUGAGUCUUCGCCGCAGACGUCACAGCAAUAUGAACCACAGCCGCAUGGGUCACAACAAUAUACGUCGCAAUCGUACGGAUUACAGUUUGGGUCUCUGCCGCAGACGUCACAGCAAUAUGAACCACAACCGCAUGGGUCACAAGAGUAUACGUCGCAACCGUAUGAAUUACAAUUUGAGUCUCUGCCGCAGGAGUCACAGCAAUAUGGAGUACAGCCGUAUAGAUCACAGCAAUAUACGCCGCAAUAUGGAUUACAGUCGCAGCAGUAUACGCCGCAGCAAAUAGAGCUAUAUCAUUCAUUGGAGCAGCAGCAUCAUCCACCAAAAUAUGGCUUAUGUCAGUCACUACGAGGCUUUGCAUAUCGCCAACCCGGAUACAACCAACUCGGUGCGAGUUCCUGGGGCUAUCCUCAAGCACAGCCAUUUGGAGCACAGUAUGAACCGCAGCCACGUGGAUUACAGUCUUAUAGGUCGCAACAAUAUAAACCACACAAAUCACCACCACAGUACAAGCAACAUCAGCAUGGACAAUGUCUAUAUGGACAUAAUGAACAACAGCAAUAUUAUGACCAACAAGUAGCGGGUCCUUCAUCGUCGCAAGUGCAUGCAACAAUGUCUCAACAACAGUUACAAUGGCGUACAAAUUCAUAUCAGCCUAAGCAGCAAAAACAGAGAUAUCAAGUAGAACCAAUGCAAAAAUCUCGAAGCCCACGUGAGCAAGGAAUUCAAGAUGGACUUCAAACAAAAAAUUUAGCCAGUAUUAAGGGAAUAUGGGACAAUAUAAGUGAAUACGAUGUUCCGCAACAACAGCAAUCACCGGAGCGACAGGAAGCCUCAAGUAGUAGCAUCCAUCAAGAGAAACAGCCUGUACCGAUAGAACUCAAUAAUGAAAAUGUAAUUGUGAAAGAUAAUACGCAGCAAGAAAUUCCUUCGGUUAAAUCGCUUUCAAUUUCUAAUGUACCUAAAGACAUGCCACAACCUGGUGCAAGCGAUACAUCAAAGCAAAUGGAGACUAAACAUUUCCAUAUGAGGCGAGAUCCUAACAAAGGUGGAACUGCAGGAAGAAAGAUUCAAGUUAUAACAAAUAUGUUUGAUAUCAUAUUUGAUCCAAAUUUUCUUACCAAAGUUAUUCAUUAUGAUGUAAAAAUUGAAUCUCUAUCCUCGGCUAAGACAAAAGCAAAGUCAAGCGAAAAAAAAAGCAAGAAAGAAAGUGAGAAAGAAAGUGAGAAAGAAAGCGAGAAAGAAAAGCGUGAAGUCAAGUCGAAAGCUUUACGUAGGGAAAUUUUUGAAAAAUAUAGAGAACGCAAUUUUUCUAGAAGAAACCCAGCAUACGAUGGAAUGGCAAAUGCGUACGCCACACGUAAACUUUUUACUGAAGAAAUACAUUCCGAUACAAUUAAAAUCAUUGAUCCAGAACGAGGGGAGAAAGAGUUUACAAUUUACUUAAAUCAAGUAGCUAUAAUCGAUAUGGGCUGGAUGACGAAUAUGAGACCUGGUAUUAGUGAAGAAUUACUGAAACAAAACUCUAUACAAGUUUUGGACAUUAUCUUACGUCAUGAGGCGUCGUCGAGAUUUCUAACCAUUGGGAGAUCGCUUUUCCCAAAAACAGAAAACGGAAAUGGUGCAGCAAGAAAAAAGAAAGAAGGAGGAUCAGGAGGAAAAGUUUUAGAAGUGCGUACGGGUACAUUCUUAUCUGCUCAAAUUUGCUGGAAACCUCUUCUAAAUGUAGAUGUCAGUCAUAAAGCGUUUGUUAUGCCUCAGAAUAUUAUUGAUCUAUUCAUGGAAUUCUACAAAUCGCAAACGGGAACUCAUACGAAUUUAUACGAAUCGAAAAAAAGGCAGUUUCUUCCACAGCAGCCUUCUUCAAAAGAUUUAGCAAACUUUGUUUGGGAUAAUAAGGAGCAAAUUAACAAACAUCUGGCUGGUUUAAAAGUGAUUUAUAAGCUACCUAACGCACCGAGCUCCAAACGGACGUAUCUCGUGCUUCAAUUGAGCGACAAUGCACACAAAAAAAUUGAAUUAAAGAAUAAAAAUGAAAAGUGCACAAUAGUAGAAUAUUUCAAACGUUACAAGAACUGUUUACUGCAACAUCCUUGGUUGCCUUGCCUUCAAGUGGGCAAGAGAGAAUUGGAGAUUUAUUUGCCUGCAGAGUAUUGCCAAAUUGCGGUUAAUCAACCGUUUAAGAAAAAAUUGGACGAUUCUCAAAGAAGUGAUAUGAUCAAAGAAACAGUGAUGUCUCCUGAUAAGCAUAGAAACAAAAUUCAUGAAGUGUUGAAUGAGAUUAAUAUAAAUAAAAGUCCUGUUUUGAGAAAUGAGUUUAAUGUCAAAGUCAGUACCGAAAUGAAAAAAGUCGAUGCUAGAAUUUUGUCGACUCCAUCACUCCAAUAUAAAGUACAGCUGUCAAAUGUGGGAGAAGGAAAAUGGAUAUGCCGUGAUUUAAGAGAAGCCAGGAACUUGGAGAAUAAUUCAUGGACUAUCAUCACUAUCGUUAACCAGAAAAUUCAAGAACACUACGUACAAAAUUUUAUCCAGAACUUACGCGAUAACGGACGAGAGAUUGGCAUGAAUAUCGGACAGGAACGAUGGAACGGGCACAAUAGGUGCGUAAAUAUGUAUAAACUUGAGGAGUACUUCAGGAACAACAAGAAUAUGAGAUUGAUAAUAGCUAUCAUACCAAAUAAAGGAGAUGAAGUAUACGCCGAAGUGAAAAGGUGUAGCGAAUUAGUAAGUAGUGUAUUGACGCAAUGUGUAAAGUUGAACAACAUAACUAGGCUUAAGCCAUCAACGGUACGCAAUAUUCUUAUAAAAGUAAACGCAAAAUUAAACGGUCUUAACUACGUCUUUAAUAGAAUACCAUACUGUAUGAAGAACACAAGCUGCAUGAUCGUUGGUGCAGAUGUGAGCCAUCCAGCUCCCGAGGCCAGUGCAGAUACUUGCUCUAUAGCUGCGGUUGUUGCAAGUUACGACGACUCAGCUUUUAGAUACAACGUUGCAAUUAGAACACAAGAUGCAAGGCAAGAAAGGAUUCAGGAUCUUACGGAAAUAAUGUCGCAGCAUAUUAACUAUUACAUUCGAAAGACUAAAACACUGCCCAAGAGAAUUAUCUUUUAUCGAGAUGGAGUCAGCGAAGGACAAAUAUCAACGGAUUUGGAAAAGGAAAUCGGAGAGAUUAAAACGGCGUUCUUUCAAAAUAAGCUCAAAUACCCUAAUUUCCAACCCGAGCUUACCUUCUUGAUCGUUCAGAAGAGGCAUCAUGUACGCUUAUUCCUCCCAAAGAUGGACGUAAAGAAUGUAGAACCUGGCACAAUAGUCGACACGGAAAUUACUCAUCCGAAUCAUAUUGACUUUUAUCUGGUGUCACAUAAAAGCAUCAGGGGUACAGCGAGGCCCACAAAAUACAGAUGCGUCUGUAACGAAAGCAGUUUCACAGAAGACCAGAUUGAAGAGCUGACGUUUUAUCUUUGUCACAUGUACGCACGUUGUACGCAGUCGGUGAGCUAUCCAGCACCGACUUAUUACGCCCACAAAGCCGCUGCCCGUGGCAAAUUGUUGGCGCCGAGAGUUCAAUACGCUCCUGGCGACAAUAGGGAAAAGGGGAAGAGGUUGGAAGCGAAUUUCUGUUUAGAAUUACCAAUGUAUUUUAUUUGAAGAUAAUCUGGGACACUUCUUGAUUUUUACAUCGUCGACGAAUAUUCAUAACGGAUUGAAACGCACCAUCUUUUUUGCACAUAUUACAGGCAUCUUUUUUAAGCUGUGCAUACUUACAUUUAUUUAUUUAUUUGUAUAUUUAUGUACAUAUCGUUUUCAUACAGUAUGUAGUACUAAAACGACAAAGAUUACUUUGCUCAUCUA